CGCUCCCCGCAUCGCUCCUGCAGAAGGCGAUGUCCCCCGCGUCCCCGGUGGCGCGUUGGCGCACGGCCUGGAGGUCGUGGAGGGAGGCAACACCUACCGCACCGCGGCGACCGCGACGCAACGCAACGUCACGGAAUUCUUCAACUUAGAGCAUUUGCCGCAAGAGCGCGUUCGUCGUCGUCCGCAGUCAACAUGGUAGCUUUGUGUCACUUUUCGUAGCGGUGUUUUUAUAUUGUACAUUUCCCACCCCUUCGGCCGUUUCUUUCGCCGACAACCGUUAUUGACAACAACAUCGCAACCAUGUUUAACAAGAAAAAGAAGAGACCUCAAAUAUCCCCUCCAACCAACUUUGAGCACCGAGUGCAUACUGGUUUUGACAAGCGUGAGGGGCGUUAUGUUGGCCUGCCUUUACAAUGGGCCAGUAUCGUUGGAAACAAUCAGAUUCUGAAGAGCAGUAAUCGCCCUUUACCUCUAGUUGAUCCCUCAGAAAUUACUCCAACUGAAAUUCUGGAUCUUAAGACAAUCGUUAGAGGAGGAGAAACCUCUCGCCCUGGCAGUGUCAUUAGGGGAAGCAUAGAAAAUGGCAAUGCAAACCUUCCCAAAACAUCCAGUGUCGCAAGAUCAAACUCUUUACGAUCAUCCAGUCCUCCACGUCUACGAAGAGACUAUCGUACUAAUGCGAAUGUUCCACCUGCUGUACCGGAAAAUGAGGUGAUGACUGGCACUGGAGCAAGUCCGCAAGGUGGCAUGCCCCCUCAUAUGGAACAGCCAUAUCCACUGCCUGCUCAAUGGCAAGAUAAUCGACCAAUGAAUUAUCUCAAACCAGGUCCUACUCCAGAAUGGGGCCCUGCUGAGCAUAAAAGACCUUUAUCUGAAGUGGAUUAUCGUGGUAUGCCUCCUUACCUCCAGAACCAUCAAACCAAUGGAAAUGUUCCUCCCCAGGCACAUAUGUCUCAUGGCAACAUAAAUAAUGUCCCGAUGCAAGACGGUGGCUAUUCUGCCAAUUAUGCCAGUCAGCAGGCACCACCACGACCACCCCACCACCACCCCAAUUCCUAUCCACACCCGAACCAGAUGAAUGCCAUGCAUCCUGGAGCACACCCUGGCCAACAUCCUCAGAACCAGCCACAGAGGCCACUUUCUCAAAACAUGGGUCCAUUGCAUGUGCAGGCUUCAGCAAACGCUAACAAGAUGGUCAUGCCCAACGAGAUGCAACAACGAAUGCAGCCUCACCCAUCUCCGGACCAAAAUCAGAAUGUGAAGCCAGGUGUAAACAACGCCCUAUCAAUGGGUAACUUAUCUACUGGCUCCAAUAACACUCAAAAUAGCAAUGUGCAAACAGCUGCUGCAGCGGCUGCUGCUGCCGCCGCUGCCGCUGCUGCAGCCAGUAAACAACACCAUGAGCAAUUGCGACUAACUCACGAACAGUUCCGUGCUGCAUUGCAAAUGGUUGUCAGUCCUGGUGAUCCUCGAGACCACCUUGAGCAACUCAUGAAAAUUGGAGAGGGUUCAACUGGCACUGUUUGCAUAGCAGCAGAUCGCAACACAGGUCGUCAGGUUGCAGUGAAGAAAAUGGACCUGAGGAAACAACAGAGACGAGAAUUGUUAUUUAAUGAGGUUGUUAUUAUGAGGGACUAUCAUCAUCCUAAUAUUGUGGAGAUGUAUGACAGUUUCCUAGUUAAUGAUGAGUUGUGGGUGGUUAUGGAGUUCCUAGAGGGUGGUGCAUUAACUGACAUUGUAACUCAUGCUCGAAUGGAUGAGGCCCAAAUCGCAACAGUUUGCCGCCAGUGCCUGAAGGCUCUUGCAUAUCUUCAUUCUCAAGGUGUCAUUCACAGGGACAUUAAGAGUGAUUCUAUUCUCCUAGCAUCUGAUGGAAGGGUGAAGCUUUCAGAUUUUGGUUUUUGUGCCCAAGUUUCCCAGGAGUUACCAAAGAGAAAGUCACUUGUAGGAACACCUUACUGGAUGUCUCCAGAGCUCAUAUCUCGACUUCCAUAUGGCCCUGAAGUGGAUAUUUGGUCUCUAGGUAUAAUGGUUAUAGAAAUGGUUGAUGGGGAACCUCCAUUCUUCAAUGAGCCGCCUCUCCAGGCCAUGAGGCGCAUACGGGACAUGCCUCCUCCAAAGUUGAAAAAUACUCACAAGGUUUCUCCUCGUCUGCAGGGAUUCCUUGAGCGCAUGUUGGUUCGUGAUCCAGCCCAGCGUGCUACUGCAACAGAACUGCUGCAACAUCCUUUCUUGAGGCAAGCUGGCGCCCCUGCCCUUCUUGUCCCCCUCAUGCGGGGCUCUCGCCAUAGCAAUUGCUAGUAAUGAAAUUACAGUGGUCCAGUUAAAGACUUUAAUAGACUUCCAGUGCCUUGGUUAGUGACCGGUGACGUCUCACUAUAAAGAUUUAUAUAUGCCACCCUGAAAUCUUGUGAUCUAAGUGCCUUCAAGUAUUUUAUGACUGUUUUGGAUUUUUACUUAUUUAUGAGUGCAAUUCAAUUUGCUGGAGGGUAUCUUGUCUGGACCUUUGUCCCAAUCAAUUUAAUUUUUUGAAAUAAUUUAUACACCUUUUUAGGCUGAACUUUUUGAAAAAUUUAUAGAACACUUUUUGUUCCUUUUGUCAAAAGGGUUCUUUUGCUACCAGUUUCAAUCAGAAAUGUUUUAAAAUUUAUAUAUGUAAAUAGUUUGUUAGAUGUUGUAUAUUUUGUAAAUAAGUUUAACCAUGUUAUUUCUGUGUGAUAGUGAUGUAUGUCAAUGGUUUUUAAGUCUAUUUUCAUUUACUUUAUUUGUGCUUCAGCUUUAGCGCUGAGCAAUUGGGAAUGAGCUUUAAAAAAAUGUAAAUGUAACUUUUGACAUUCUUUAUUACGUAGUUUAGUUGAACUGCGGUGGAAUACGUAAGUUGUUAUAGAGCAAUGAAGGUCAUGAAUACACUAUGAAGUCCUGUGAAGCAAGGAUGUUCUGUAAUUAUGAUUCUGGUUCAUGGCUGGAGCUGAUAAGUAACAUUAAAGACUAUGAUAAUCUUCACUGUAUUUUAGUGUAGUUAAGAACUAGGCAAACUAACCUUCAACUGAUUCCAGACAAGUUUGUGAUAGUUGUUUUAUAUCACCUUAUCAGUUUGUUUAGGUCUCUUUUGCUUGCUGUUACGUUUCAUUGAUUUGUUUUGUUUGUCUUGGGCUUUGGGCUUCAUAAGUCGAGCUCUUUACUUUGAAAGCUACAUUUAUUUUAUGACGUAGUAUAAGGAAAAAUUAUGUGAAUGUUUUCUAUUAACAUUAGGCAAAUAUAAUGACCCUUUGAACUGUGCCCUAAAGGUUGAAAUUCCUUAGGUGUCUUGGGUACAUGUUGAUCUGACUACUGUCUGCUGUGUAUCUUUAUUAACAUUAAUUGUGAAAGGUCCUGUAGCUGUUAUUGGCCAGGAUUUCUAAAAUCUGAAACUCUUUUAAGUAGCUUAUUCUUUGAUAUUAUAACCAUUGCAGGUUUUAUGAAUGGCUUAAUUCACGCAAACUUUUCCGUCUAUUGUACCUGAAACCCCAGAGAUUUUUCUGCUGUCUGACAUUUCUGACGAUUUUCAUAUGUGUAUAACUUGUUGAAACCCUCUGAAAAUUUUUCAGGAGCAUCAUGAACUCAUGCAUAUCUUUUGACCAUUUUUUAUUUGUCUUUUUUCUUUUCUUUCAUUAAUGUAAGACUGUACUUUUUACUGCAUAUGACUUAUUAUUUUUUUAUUUUGCAGCUUUUAGUACAGUCCUAAUUAAAUGAGCACCUUAGUGUCCUAAUCUUUUCCUUGGAUUUGGAGCUCUAACUUAACUUUAGUUGGACAACCAAAUCAUUGUUUUAAUCAGUAUUACGUGUUAGCUUGUGUUAGUGCUGUCACCAAGGGAAUUGUGUGUUUUGAAUUUAGUUGGAUGAUGAUGUAUUGCAAUUCCCCAGAUGUUGUAUUCUAUAGUUUUCAUGCUUGUAUAUUUUAAUUAUCUUUCUUUCUUAUUUAGACUUAGUUGUCCUUUUCUCCUUUUUGGUUUAUUUCUGAGUUUUCUUUACCAUUUUCUAGCAUUCCAAUGUAUAGCUUUUAUUUCAUUCAUUCUGUUAUAUAGUUGUACAUUAUUGCGCCCAAGUCAGUUUGAAAUCAGAAUUCCUGAAUGAAUUCAUAAUAUUUAGUCAGUAAUGGAUAGUCAUGUACCACUUAUUUUAUCAACUGAAGUUAUGUGAUGUGUCAUCAUUCCACUUUCAUUGGAAUCUCGCAUAGUGCUCAAACUUUGCUCCUAAUGAAAUGAAGCUCAUGGCUCCUGUACUGCUUUUCUCUCAUCUGAAAGCAUAGACACCCUAACUUUAUUAUUAUUUAUACAAAGAGACUUAAUUAAUUAGCCACUUUUCUUAUGAUAAAACACUACUAUUGUAGUGACUUUUCCCUGCAAUAAUAUUUAACCCUGAUGUAUUGUAUUCCUUUGCCAGAGGUGAACAAUUUCUUCAAAGUAUUUUUAGAUAUACUUAAUAUCACCUUUGACUAUUGUAAUUAUUAUUCGGUCAAAUUGUUUAAACGUUUGUACCAAGACAUGUCAACUGAGCUGUUAUCUGUUCUUAUUCUUGGUGAUUUUUAACCUCUUUAUUGUUCUCAUCUCCAAACAAACAUCACCAAUAUGUUCUUGUGCAUAUCUUCUAACCAUAUCAGUUAAAUUCUGAUCUUCGAAAGAAAAAAACCCAUUUAAAUUACAGUGCGGAACUAAAUGUGAUGUGGGGCUAUGCAGUCUCACAUAGUCAAUCACCUCAGUGAAACUUAACUAGCAAUACUGAAAGUGGCAGAUAAAAUGUAUUAGUGUAGAUGAAAUUACCUAUGAUGAUUUUGAAACAAAAUAAGUAAAAAUCUACCUUGCCAUUGAUACUCUCUGGGGAUAACUGUUAUGAAGAUCGUGGGGCGAGAGAAUUGGCUGAGUCCAUUUUUUUUUGUACAUAAUUCCACUGUAGGUCGUACAUGUUAUUUUAGGGAUUCCCUAUUAUUCGUUUUCUUACGUUCAUAGUAAAGCAUUGCGUUAAACGUAUUUGGUGUCAGAACCGAUCGGCCUUUGGGUGUCUCGCCUGUUUUUUACUUGAAUGUUUGCCAUUGUAAGACCAAGAGUUUCUCGCGUCGUAUAGCGCGUGAGUACUCUAAAAGAAUGUUAGUGCCUUCUUUUUGGAUCUGUGUAGUAUUAUUCUUCCCAGACUUUUGUAUGAAAUGUACUUACGCCUUGUGAUCCAAGCAUUAAAAGUGUAUUUUGACUGUUUU